AUGGAUCGCCCCUUGGCAGCCAACGAUGAGCACACGACCAGUGGCGACGGGCCCAAACGCGAACGUCGCACCGCGGCAGCACGCAUUACAUCAUCAGUUUCGGGAGACCAGCCUGUGUCGUCAACAAACCGAGAACACUCCAUACCCUCAAUCACCACAUUCAUGGCUCGUCACGCACAGCAACCCGCCAAUUCUACACAAGCAGAGAUCUCGCCCCCAGUUUUACCUAUUAUUGCUUUGUCAAUCCCCCCAGCAACGUCCUCCUCUACUAUUGGAGAAAAAGACGUCGCGGAUGUUGAUGGUAACGAGGAGGAACCGCGUCCACACCCAUUCACCGGCCCCUCCCUCCCCGCCGACAUCGAGCCACAACGAUCCGUGACGCUUGAUGGGCCGCGUGGCGCUUCGACGCGUCAGCCUCGGUCAGGCAUUGACUGGAUAGUCCCCGUGGACGAAAAGACCUUCCGACAAAAAGCCAUUAGAGAACGACUAGAUCCUACGCUCAUAACAGCCAUUUCGGAGCGAGACAAGUGUGCGCUUAAUGCGAAGAUGGCGGGGUGCUCUUUAUCUCCUUCUUUCCUUGCUUCCAUUACGGCGAUUGCGACGACGGUCUUGGGCGGACUAUCAACCAUCGUCGCUUCGUACCUUGCUCGAGCCCGGGGUUCCAACGAACCCGAACUGUCCAUUGCGCGAGUAAAAGACCUGGAACAGUUCAUCCGCGAAUGCGAGGCGUUCAAGAUGGAUAAUGGGCAUGUGUAUGGGGACAAGUUUGAUUCGGCGUUGGAGGACUUUAGAGCUCUGUUUGAGGAACUUUUGGGUAAUGCGAAUGGAGCACCUUCACUUGUAUCCAUCACCAUUCCUCUGAAAGGCCAUGAUGCAAUCAAGGCUUUCUCGGAUUUUCUUACACGCUCGGGUGUGACUCUGAAGCACUUGUAUAUUAUUGAUUAUGUCCCAAGGGAGGAAGCGCUGUUGUGGAAGAUAUUUGACACACUACCCAACCUGUCACACUUGGAGAUUGACGAACCUAACCAGUUAGAUCCAAAGUCUGGGUUUCCACAGCCUUGGCUCCCAUCUCGGAGGUUUUUCAACUAUUUCAGCACUCCCAACACGACAUCGGGUGGUUUACCGUUGCCACAUUUGACAAGUGUCUUAUACCGGGCUAGGUGGAAUGCUGGUCUCCGCUCCGAUGAUGCUGUGCGACUUCAAGAGUUCAGCUUGUUACUUACUAAUUCGCCGGGAUGGGUCACAAAGUUGGAACAAUCUCUCGUCGUGAAGGAAUUGCGCAAGGAGGGCAUGCGUCUGGUGUUUAAGUUUGUCGAACCGCAAGAGCAGAUGAAAUUGGACGAACGUCCGAGGUGA